UCUCUUAUACCAGCCAGGUGGCCCUCUCCAAUAUUUCCCUCCCCAUCCCUUCACAUGACUUCAGCCUUUGGAUUCUCAGCUCCUGGCCACUUUCCACAUUCCACUCCUCUGUCAGAACCCAGGCAUCCUGAGCUCCAGCUGAAACUGCUGUGCAUGGCUUUCCCCACCCUGGCCCCGUGACUCAGGCCCUCUGAGCGGACCAGCCCUCUUCUUGGCACUCAGUGGGGAGGGGAGUGGAGAAGGGGGCCAGGUAGUGACAUCAGAGUUGAAGGGUACAAAAGCUUUCAGCCAAAAGAAAAUUGAAGAUACAAACUGACAGUGCAGGCAGCGCGGCCUACUAUCCUCAGGACUCCUCAACCUGAUAGCCCCAGACAUCUGGUUGCAGAUUCCCAUUCCCUCAAGGUCUCCCGCUAGUGAGGGGCUGCUGUGGGCCAGAGCGAUCAGGUGGGGUCCUGGACUCCUUGGACAGGAUUCACACAGAUAACAGACUCCAUGCUGGGCUCUCUCUGCCUUCUGUGGCUCCUAGCCCUGACCUUGUCGGUUCCCAAAGCUCAGCCCUUGACUCCUCAAGACUUCGAGGAAGAAGAGGAAGAUGAGACGGUGAGCACACCUUUCCUGGCUGUCCCCUGUGACUACGACCGUUGCCGCCACCUGCAGGUGCCCUGCAAUGAGUUGCAGAAGGCCAGGCCGGUGGCCUGCCUGUGCCCGGGGCUGUCCAGCCCUGCCCGGCCUCCGGACCCGCCACGCCUAGGAGAAGUGCGCAUUGUGGCCGAAGAGGGCCGCGCCGAGGUCCACUGGUGUGCCCCCUCCUCCCCGGUCCACCACUACCGGCUGCUGCUUUGGGAAGGCAGCGGGGCUCCGCAGAAGGGCCCCCUACUCAACACUACGGUCCGCAGAGCAGAACUGAAGGGACUUAAGCCUGGGGGCGCUUAUGUGGUUUGCGUGGUGGCUGGUAAUGAGGCCGGGGAGAGCCGCGUGUCCCAGGCAGGUGGGGAGGACCUCGAGGAGGUAUCCUUCCCGGCCUUCGGGCCCUGCGGCCGGCUCACCGUGCCACCCAGACCGGUCACCCUAAUCCACGCGGCCGUGGGGGUGGGCACAGCCCUGGCUCUGCUAAGCUGCGUCGCCCUGAUCUGGCACUUCUGCCUCCGCGAGCGCUGGGGCUGUCCGCGCCGCGCAGCCACCGCCCAAGCCGCAGGGGCGCUCUGAUGAGGGUCUGGGGGACUUCCGCGCAGCCCAGCCCCACACGGAGCACCAGCUGGCUCCCAGAAGGGCCAGCCCGCUGCCGCCUGGCGCCAGACAACUGGGCCGCAGCUGGGGGUCUCUGAACUGAGAGUUUAUUUAGGUCAGGGCUUGCCACUUUGUUCCUGCCUGAAAGCUAGACAAGUGGAGAGGGUCAGAGAGUUAUUAAGUAGGUUUUGUAUGUUUAAGAGUAUAACAUUGAGGGGACUGGGGACAUAACUCAGUUGGUAGAGUGCUUGUCUCACAUGCACAAGGCCCUGGGUUCAGUCCCCAGCACCCCCCACCCCCCCCAAAAAAAGUAUAACAUUGAGGAUAUUAUGUAGGUACUUAUCUAGUCAUUUAAAAUAUAACCAUUAAAAAAUGUAAAACCCAUUCUUAGCUCAUAGGUCUUAUACGUCAGUGAGCAGGCCAGAUUUGCCCUUUGGCUGCCGUAAGUCAGCCCCUGUCAUACACCCUCAAAGGGUUCUGCUCUUGGGCUUGGUGGCCUGGACAAUUUAACAAGGCUCUGUUUUAAACUAAAAAAUAAAAAAAGGGACUGGGGAAGUAGCUCAGUGGUAGAAUACCCCUGGGUUCAAUCCUCAGAAGGGGGGGGGACAAAAAGAUACUGCCACUUUGGCACUUUGCAUAGCCUAAGUGGCAUUCUAGAAUAAGCUUCUGCAGGAUAAGAUUUUCUGGGAGCCACAGUCUUCUUUGACCUUUCCUCGAGUUACCGGGAUGAGCAUAUCUGGAUCAGAGUCUGUUUCUGAGGAGGGUGGAGAUUAAGGACUGAGAUGGGAUAACAGAAGAGAAGGAAGCCCCGAGCCUUUGUCGGGCACAAGUUCAUUCGUGCUCUUGCUAAUUAAAAUAAGACAAAUCAACAGUAAUAUCAAGGAAUCCCCCAUUUGUGUUUAUUGUAUACCAACUGUGAUAACAUUAAAGGAAAUUUAAAAGAAAUUGUCACUUCUCAUGAUCCCUUCAAUUCUCUGUGUAGAUAUCUAUUUUUCAUAGUCAUAUACAUACUUUCUAUUUAUUUAUUUAUUUAUUUAUUGGUAAUGGGGGUUGAAUCCAGGGCACUUAACUACUGAGCCGCAUCCCCAGCCCUUUUAAUUUUUAUUUUGAGACAGGGCCUGCUAAAUUGCUUAGGGUCUCACUAAAUUGCUGAGGCUGCCUUGAACUUGUGAUCCUCUUGCCUCAGCCUCCCAAGCCACUGGGAUUACAGGCAUGCCUCAGGCAAUCACAUCUUGAAUUUAUCUUUAAAUUAAGUGAAUGUAGCACCUAUAAUUCCAGCUACCAUAAGCUGAGGUGAAAAGAUCACAAGUUUGAGGCCAGCCUCUGCAAUUUAGGGAAGGCUUGUCUCAAAAAAGGAGGGGGGGGGAUAGGGUUGAGUAGCUCAGUGGCAGAACACUUGCCUAGCAUGUGAGUAGCACUGGGUUCAAGUCUCAGUACCACAUAAAUAAAUACAAUAAAGGUACUAUGUCCAUCUGCAACUAAAAAAAUAUUUUUAAAAGGGUGGGGAAAACUCAGUUGGUAGAGUGCUUGCCUUGCAUGUACAAAGCCCUGGGUUCAAUCACCAGCACCACAAUAAAUAAGUAAAUAAAUGAAAUGAAAUAAAUUAAAAAGUGUUGGGAAUGUAGGUCAGUUGAAGAGCACCUUUGAGUUUAAUCCCCAGAACUGGAAAGAAAGAAAGAAAGGAAAGAAAGAAAAAAGAAAGCUGGGUAUAGAAAAGCCUGUUUUGUGUUGCUACAUAGUAUAAACCUCACCUUUACUGGUUUUACAACUCCUCCCCCUCAACCCGGGAAGAGCUGGGGAUGGAACCCAGAGCCUUGUGCAUGCUAGGCAAGCAGUCUACCACUGUUAUACCCUGGCCCUAACUUUUUAAAAAUUUAAUUGUAAAACAAACACAUACAAGUUUCAAGUAAUACUGACACAUACAAAGUGAAACUUCUCUUCUUCCUUAAUUGCCCUUGCUGGGGGUAUACUUCAGUGCUAGAGCACUUGCCUAGUAUGAAAGAGGCCCUGGGUUAGAUCCCCAUGUAAAAAAAAAAAUACAUACAUAAAAAGCCAUUAGGCUGGGAAUAUAGCUCAGUCAUAGAGUGCUUGCCUAGCAUGCACAAGGCUUUUGGUUUGAUGUGCAUCAAAAGACAUAAUUGCCCUUAGUAGAGCAGUUUUUUUUGUUUUGUUUUGUUUUGGGUACUGGGAAUUGAACCCAAGGUACUUAAACACUGAGCUACAUCCCCAGCCCUUUUAAAUAUUUUAUUUAGAGACAGGGUCUUGCUGAGUGGCUUAGGGCCUGGAUAAGUUGUUGAUACUGGCUUUGAACUAACAAUCCUCCUGCCUCAGCCUCCUGAGCUAAUAGGAUUACAGGAAGGUACCACCCCUCCCAGAAGCAGAGCAAUUCUUUACAAAGUACAAAUAUUUUGUUUUUCACUCAUUAUUCAGUCAUAGACAAUGCUGAACAUUGGCAAAUCAUAACCUCCUUAUAUGUUAAAGGCCUCAUGAUUUCCUACAAAAGAAUGUACUUUAAAGAACUUUAGUCAUCACUCUUUGUUGGAACAUUUAAAUUUUCUUCAGUGUGGUUUUAAGGACAUCCUUGUUUGUGUAUCCUCACCUGUUUAUUUAAGUACCCAGGAGAAGGCAUUCACCUCUGGAAGUAAUUGAAAUAGGCAAUACUCUAAAAUUUGAUCAUUUUUAAAAUGAUUAGACCAUUAAAAUAAAUUUUUUUUUUGAGAGAGAGAAAAUUUUUUAAUAUUUAUUUUUAGUUUUCGGCGGACACAACAGCUUUGUUUCUAUGUGAUGCUGAGGAUCGAACCUGGGCUGCAUGCAUGCCAGGGGAGUGCGCUACCACUUGAGCCACAUCCCCAGCCCCCAUUAGAAUAAAUUUAGAUUGUUAUCUAGAACACAUGUGGCAUUACAUUGUAGUGAUUACCUUGUGACUUUUUAUUUAAUGACUAUUUCCUCAGCAAUCAUUCUCUUAUGAAUGAGGACACCCACUCUAUUAUUAGUAAAGACAUGCUUUUCAUGCAUUCUCACUUAAGCCUUACCACGAACAUUCCAAGAGAUAGUAUCACCUUUUCAAAGAUGAGAGAUUUGAAGUCCUAAAGGGUUUGAAAUUACAACUAAGGAGUUCAGAUAGGAUUCCUGCUUAAAUUGCCCAAAUCAAAAGCUCUUCAUUUUACCAUAGAGAGGGGCAACAAAGCAUACAGGUUUAAUGAAACACAAUGCAUGGUAGAAUUCUAGCUCUGCU